AUGCCUCACUGUGGAUUCUAUACCAAGGAGAUGCCCACAUUGGGAGGUGUCAAGAAACAUGUCGCAGGACGCCCUGAAUGCAGAAGGCAAUGGGAGCUGCUGGUUGAAAAUCAAAAUGACAUUGGCGUACCUAGUAUAGGCACUGACACCAACACCAACUCUAACGCCAACUUAUUUUCACCACAUCACCGCUCACACUCUGAGUCUUCCCAACCCGAUGCAGACAAUGCAACAGCACCAAAAAAUCAAUGGGUCACCAUUGAGGAGGACAAAGAUGAGGACCACAGGCGACAUUUCGAACAAUGCACUGGCGCUGGCCAAACACUGUGUGAAGGACAAACCGGCUUUGAAAGGUUUCAACAGUAUAAGGAGGGUGAGGGCGAGGAUGAAUGGGCUUCCUUUUGUGAUGCGUACGUACCAAUUUAUGUUGCAAGGGAGGAGUGGGGACUCGCCGAGUGGCUUGUUAGAAGCCUCAGCCAGACUCAAACAGACAAAUUUCUAAAAUUACCAAUAAAAGUCAACAAGCUCCCACACAGAGCUGCCUGGAGUUGCAAAAAGGUUACUGUCCAGGGAAAUAAAACAGAUGAGAAGGGCCAGAUGUUGCAUGAAGACGUGGAACUGUGGAUGUGCGAUCCUGUUGAGUGCGUCAAAGACCUCAUUGGAAAUCCAUUGUUCUGCGAUCAUAUGGACCCUGCAGGACUUCACCGAGUAAUUGAUGACAUGUGGACGGCGGACUGGUGGUGUGACAAGCAAAAACAGUUGCCAAAAGGUGUAACCAUCACACCGAUCAUUCUCGCAUCAGACAAAACAUGUCUGUCGCAAUUCCGAGGCAAUAAAUCAGCAUGGCCCAUGUACCUCUCCAUUGUCAACAUUGCAAAAGAGAAGAGGCGGCAAACGUCAGCACGAGCAACAGUCCUUAUUGGAUACUUACCUGCAGGAAAGCUUGAUUGCUUUACAUCUGAUGUGCACUCCCUUGCCAGUUACCAACUCUUCCACCAUUGUCGAAAUGGUGUUGAGAUGGUCUGCGCCGACUCAUUGAUCCAUCGAGUCUACCCCAUCCUUGCUGCUUAUGUAGCCGACUUUCUGGAGCAAUGUCUUGUGGCGUGUUGCAAAGAAAAUCGGUGUCCAAAGUGUUUGGUCACAGCAGAUGAACGAGGCAAUCCAUUGACUUCGCUGAUGUGGGACCCUGAGGUGACAAAAGAGGUAUUAGAGAAGUGGAAGAAUGGUCAGCAUCCAAUUCAAUUUGAUGACAAUGGGCUACGUGCCGUCUACAAACCAUUCUGGGCUACUCUCCCUCACACCGAUAUUUUCCUUGCCUUCACGCCUGACCUCCUUCACCAGGUCCAUAAAGGCAUCUUCAAAGACCACUUAGUUAAGUGGUGUCUUGAAAUUGUCGGUGAAGAUAAAAUGGACGCACGCUUCAAAAGAAAGUGGAUAGGUACAGAACACAAAGAAAUGCAACAUGUUUUCAUUGGUCUACUCGCUGGUGCUGUCCCAAGUCAAGUCUUAGUGGUCACACGAGCCAUUCUGGACUUUUCAUAUUACGCACAGCUUCGAAUACAUACAAGUGAAUCCCUCGAUGGUCUGGAGAGUGCUCUUGCGUCAAUCAUACUAUUUGGUUCCACUGACGGUUUCAACACCGAGCUUCCAGAACGACUACACAUCGACUUCGCCAAAGAAGCCUAUCAUGCAAGUAACAAGCGCGACUAUGAGGAACAAAUGGCCUUAUGGCUUCAACGCCAGGAAGCAGUAUUCCUGCAGUAG